CAGCAGCAUCAGAACAUCCGCACCGUUCCAAGCUAUAUUCUUCACACCAUGACGCUCUCCGGAAGCUGCCUCUGCGGCAAUAUCACCUACACCGCCGAGACGGACGAGUACAUCACAGCGCUCUGCCACUGCACCGACUGUCAGAAGUGGACUGGUGGCGGGUUCACCUCCAACGCGGUCGUUUCCCGCAGCAGUUUCAAGAUCACCAAGGGAACCCCCUCCUCGUACGACGUGACCGGGGCCAGCGGCAAGAUCAACAAGCAUUUUUUCUGUCCGACCUGCGGAUCCAGUCUCUACACCGAGCUCGAGGUCAUGGCCGAUAAGACGGUGAUUAAAGCGGGGACGCUGGAUAAUGGGGACGCCAGUCUAGGGGGGAAGAUAGAUGUCGAGUUCUAUGUUAAGGAUCGGCCUUUGUAUCUGGCUCCUGUUGAAGGGGCUAAGCAGGACCCGCGCUUUCAUUAGCGGGGACUGUCAAUUAAGGGGACUUUUUAUUGUGCUAUUGAGGUGUCGAGAUUAUCCCAAUCAUUGUUCAUAGUCUGUCCUUGACGGUUAACUGUAGAGGUUGUCUGUGUUGGCAUACCGUCACGAUGAGGGCUAA